ACAGGGAACAUGAUGGCUGCGCUACAGGCAGCUCUGAAGAACCCUCCUAUCAACACAAAGAACCAGGCAGUGAAGGAUCGUGCAGAAAGUAUUGUCCUGAAGGUCCUCAUCUCUUUCAAAGCCAACGAUAUUGAGAAGGCGGUGCAGUCGCUGGACAAGAACGGCGUCGACCUGCUGAUGAAGUACAUCUACAAAGGCUUCGAGAGCCCCUCUGACAACAGCAGCGCUGUGCUGCUGCAGUGGCACGAGAAGGCUCUGGCUGCUGGAGGAGUAGGGUCCAUUGUCCGUGUUUUGACUGCCAGGAAGACGGUUUAAACCCAGCGAGGAGUGUUUGUCUGCCAUCCCGCGGCGUGGGAAAUGCUGGUACCAACCAAAUGCCAUUGCUGCCCCGUGGGCAGCACCUGUCUCUCAGCUUUGCCUUCUUGCUGCUUCUUUCAUACCUGACAAAUAACGCAUAUCGUGAUCUCUCUCUUUUACUUUUUUGGUUAAAUUCUGGAAAAUGAUGAAGGUGCAAUUUUAUUUCUAACAGGAAUAUUUGGUACUCGUGAUGAACAUUUCAGUGACACGUAGAAGCGACUUAUACAACUUUAUGUUGAGGAUGAUUUGCAUUUGUGUAGAAUUAUGCCAGAUUUGGACCUGACUUUCCAAGCAAAUGCUGAGGGACGUAGGGCAAUGUCUUAAUUCUUUUCACUAGCCAAGCAGUGUUUUGAUCUAAGAUCUAUAUUUGAGAAGUGGGGCAGCUAUUAAUAUAAGUAACUGGACCAUAUUUCCUUUGGUCAGCCUCUGAACCUACAGCCGUGAAUA